AUGAUUCUGAGGACUGAUAAUCGAUUCGCAGUGAUUGUGGCUGGUAAUCGUGACUUCUUUGCACGUGAGCCAGACAGCUGCGAGAUGAUGGAGAGCGUGCUUUUUGUGACGAGAAGCGAUGGGCGGCCUACAGGCGACGCAUUCGUGCAAUUUUCUGAUGAGGAACAAGGGCAACGUGCAUUGGCGAAACAUCGUCAGACGAUAGGAAAUCGCUACAUUGAACUGUUUCGCAGUACCAGUGCCGAGGUUCAACAGGUAGUGAAGCGGUCCACAGAACCUGCGACUGCAAAUGGAAUGCGCCGCGAUUGUGUACGUCUUCGUGGAUUACCGUAUGAGGCACGAGUUGAGCAUGUCGUUGAAUUCCUAGGCGAACAUGCACGAUUUAUACAAUUUCAAGGCGUACAUAUGGUAUUUAAUAGCCAAGGUCAUCCAUCCGGCGAAGCAUUCAUCCAGAUGAACAGUGAGCAGGCGGCCGCUGGAGCAGCUGCUGCCGCUCAUAACAAAAUUCAUGAUCAUCGGCAAGAAGCAGAGGUAUAUUGA